AUUGCUACGUGCAAAUAUGGAAGCGGGGUUUUUGAAAUUAUAUGUUAUACAGAUUACAAAACAAAAAAAAUAAACAAUAGUUAAUACAUAUUUAUAAGAUUCAGUUUUGAAAAUGGCAUCAAGUACACCAUUAAUAAGUGAAAAUGUUUUGGAGGAGCUGGCGUUUAGACGCUGCACUUGGUGGAGCAAUUUAAUAGAGAAUUUUUCUGAACGUGUUGAUGGAGUCGAAUUAGAUAUACUUAGUUUGGAUCAACAAUUUAAAGAUGACCUGGAUAAGGACGAUAUGGAAGAUGUUGAGGAAGCGGAAGAGGAGCAAAUGAAUGAAGAUAUUGAUGAUAUUAAUCUAAUGAAUAUGACAACCGAAGAAAAAAGGAAUACUUUAAUAGAAUCCGAGGAAGUACAAGAUAUGUUAAAUGCUACUCGUCCAAUUAUAGAAGAGCACGAACGAAAAUGGAGGGAAGCAGGAUUGGAGCGCAUUAUGAAUACAUUUGAUUCUGUACGCAUAGAAAAUGAAGUGGGAGGCUGGAUGCGACGUCAUAGUAAAGUUUAUAGUUUUAACACCAUCGACUCGCAAUCGGAUACGGAAUCGUCAAUAUCUGAUGAAAUGUAUCAUUAUAUACGAUCAGUAAAAAAGAAUAAUUCUAAACAGCGCAGUAGAAAUUAUAUACAAGAUUACAGAAGGUGUCAAAACCACCAUAAAAGGUCACAUAAUCAUAAAAUCCUAUUUAAAUCUACUAAGUACGGUGUUUACGAUUGCCCAUGUUGCAAACCAACAGAACAUAUUUCACAAGUAUGCUGCUCCAGCGGAAAAGAUUGCCAAAGAGAUUUACCAGCCAUACCUGUACAUGAACACUUUACCAAACAUUAUCGCCGUGAUUACAGUUCAAGCUCGGACUCUGAUUAUUCCUGUAGAGAACUUUUACGGGCACGUUCCAAUCAGUGUGCGCUGAUAUCCGAGGACCUGCCAUUAGCGACAAAAACUACAUCUUUUAAAAAAUCGUUACAUACAAACAGCAACCGGCUCUCUAUGGUAGAUUACAAAUGCAGUACUCCGCCAAGAUCGAAUAUUUUAAAUUGCAAUCCAACAAACACUGCUCCAUCUAAAUUAACUAAUAGGCGAGAGGCCGCUAAGAAAGCACUAACUCAACUACGCACCAGAGAAAAAAAGCCUGCAAAACCAAAUAAAAAAAAUGCUAAGUCUAAAACAAGUGAAAAUGGAGGUGAAAGUAAUGAAAUCUUUGAUACGGAUUUAAAAAAAGCAAUAGCAUUAUCAUUGCAAGACUACGACAAACAUUCCAAACAAGAAAAGGGCCUGAUGCAUUCAUUUACUCCUUUAAAACAGGCAGAUAAUGAAGACAGUUCAACCGAAUCACUUUCAAGUAAGGAUUCAAAUAAAAAGAUCAGUUCUGGUGCAAAAGUUCGGUCCAAUAAAAUAAAGACACAACGCCAAGUAAGCUUACCAAGCCAGGCCCAAGAAGAGGAAGGAAGAGACAAAGAGAACACAUUCCUUAGUAGUAUUGAUAAUAUUUGCAAUUCUACUGCUCUCAAUACCGUAGCUGGACGCAAGCAGCUGCACAGUCGUUUGCCCUCUAUUCAUGAGAGUACGGAGAUAAUUCCAUCUUCGCCGGUUCAUUACAAUAUAGAGCGGAAUAAAAUACCGCAGAUAUCAGAUAUUAACGACAGUGCAAUUUAUGGUUCAUCAAAUUCGCCUAAAAUGGUAUCAAAGUCAAAAAAAUAUUAUAAUUCAACUGCACGAAAUGCUAUUGCUACCGAUGAGGAAUCUGCUCCAACUCCGCCACCAUUAAAAGAACGCAAUAAAGCUGGUCAUGAAACACCACGUCAAUGCCGCGUAGUGGCCACUGAGCCCCGUGCUAAGAAAAAGCGAAGUGCCAUAGCGAAUCGUAAAAUAUCAUUGCAUGACAGUCGUAAUGUUUCAGGCGUUAUCUCAAAUAACUCUGCUACACCAAACAAAGUAGUAACCACUCCACAGAGUAUAGAGAAGGCACAAGAACCGAAACGAUUGGUAAUAUAUACACCUAAUCAAAAGGAGGGUAGAUCAAAUGAGUAUUUUCAAGUAACAGAAGAAAUCCUAGGCAGUGUAGUUGGAAAGGAACGUGCACGCGGUUUUCUAAAAUAUAAUGUGGGAAGACUUACAUUCCCCAAAAGCUCUACGGUCUACUACUGUCCGCCGGAGUUGGAACCAUCUAGUUCAGAAAGCGAUGACGAUCCCUUGCUAAAAAUUGGUUGCUACGGUGAAUUGUGCGAGUCCGACCAUAAAGAUGACCAGGAUAAUUAAUAUUUUUUCUUUAAUAUACCAUGUAUAUCAUAUAACCACACUUUUUAAAAUGGAUUUAAAAUAAAAUUUAUUAAGUAUAA